CCCAGUAUCAGUAAAAACUGCCACAUGACCUGUAUAGCAGGAAGUUGAGUGGACCCACAGAAACCCCGUAUACAGCAGAAAUUAGUGUCUCUCACACUUUUCGGCACUUGUUACCUAGCGUGCUGUUGUAGGAAGAAGAGAAAAUAGAAAGAUGUACUGGAGACUUUUGUUGGUUACAUUUUCACUUGCCUUGCUGCGUAGUACGACAGCUGGAGAUAGUGGUGGCUGCUCAGUGCUAACAAGCUGUCCAGAGUGCCAAAAAAACACAGACUGCACCUGGCUUCAGUGCACAGAUUCAAGCCCCCAAAAUGGUUCCUGCGUGAGCGCUGUGAAUUCCACCAGUGUGAGCCUGGGCUGUGAGCCAGUCGCUAAUGGAUCCUGCUCAGGCGACCUCGAACCAGUUGUCCCUACGAGCGUCAAACCCGCUGCCUCUACCACUGCCAAAACGACGGACGCUCCCACUGCCAAGCCAGCUGUCACCACGGCCGCCCCCGAACCGGCAAACACUACUGCUGUCGUCCCGAGCAACGCCACCACCGCGGCUCCAACUGCAGCUCAUACAAACGCAUCUACGACAGCGGCGGGUCCCACCAAGGCCCCGACUCCGCCCGCCAACACCACGGCAACGGCCGCUCCUCCGUCAAACUCCACCCUCACCACCCUGGCCCCGGCCCCCCCCCACCGCCGCGCCGCAGAAGAAGUCCACCUUCGACGCGGCCAGCUUCAUUGGAGGCAUCGUGCUGGUGCUGGGCCUGCAGGCCGUCGUCUUCUUCCUCUACAAGUUCUGCAAGUCCAAGGACCGCAACUACCACACCCUGUAACUACCACACCCUGUAAAACGUUCCUCACACUGAGGCCCGCAACUACCACACCCUGUAAAACGGGCCUCAGACUGGGGCCCGUAACUACCACACCUUGUAAAACGUUCCUCACACUGAGGCCCGUAACUACCACACCCUGUAAACAGGCCUCAGACUGGGGCCCUUGGCCCUUCGAACAGUGUUUCCGAGCAGUUUCCUUUGAUUCCCCAGCACUGUUACGCAUGCCGACUGUAGACUCGAACCUUAACACCCCCUAAACCCCCCCCCCACACCGCGACCCACCAUUGCCCCCGGGAUGUGAUCUCCACGCGCUUCUGGAGGGGUCAUGAGGUCCUCCGGUUGGACCGUUAACCGACUAUAGAUUCAAAUAUUCAAACUGAUGGGCGGGAGCGAGUUGCUCUGCAGCCUCCCACGCCUUCCCAUGGUGGUCAGUUUGAACGGCGAAGCCUCGGCCGCAUUUAAACCGAACUGAAACAGUGACUGAAAAGGGUUCCAAAAAAAAAAAUUUCAUUUGCAGAACAGGGAUUUGAAUUAAAUUUUUUAAAGUCACCUGCCGAAAAGGAAAGUGCAAGUGCUGGAAGAAAAGCAUAUAGUUCAGUCUUAAGUCCCCUGGCUCAAAUUGCUUAGGAAACACUGUUUGAAUUCCCUCCCUCCCCCUAGCCCCUGGUUUUUGAACGGAACGGAAGAUACAGCAUUGCUUGCAAGGCCCUGUCAUGUCCAAAAAAAAAAAAAAAGGCUUUGAGAUUUCUAUGCAAAAUCGGUAGAUUUUUGUCAGGCCGCAGAAGUGCGUUUUUUUUUUUUUUUAAA